GGGGGGGGGCAGCAACCAGCAACCUAACCUUUCCAUUAUUGACUUGACUUCACUAUCCACUAGUCUACUACUCCACUUUCGUUAGUCUCGUUUCCCUGCGUAUCCGAAUCGCAGUCAUCGCAGAGACUUAAGCUUUGAGCUGGAAAUCCAUUGGGAAUUUUGGAAGGAGAGGAAGAAGAAGAAAAAGAAUUGCAGAGACACAGAGAGAGAGAGAGUACAGUCUUGACGACAAAACCUAUAUAUUCUUCUACAAUUGCAAUUAGGAACAAUCGUCCGACACAUGAGAAUCGUUUGCGCCGCGUUAAAUUGUAAAUAUUCGUCAGAAAGCGAGGAUUCGUCGAAUGUCACUUUUAUCAAUUUUCCCAACGAUGACACAGCCAAAGUAUGGGCGGAAUGUUGCGGCAGAUCGGAUUUAGUCACAAAAUCGAAUGCGGAAUUGCAUUUGACAUAUUACGUUUGUUCUCAUCACGUUGAAGAUCGCUGUUACGUGAGCAAAACUGUUCCCAUUGUUUUAAAAGAAGGUACUAUUCCUACUUUAUUUGGGGCCGACUUGACUAUCGAUGGUGAAAACUUAAUAAAUAUGUUUGAUAAAGCACAGCCUUUCCAACAAGUAGGUGGUGAUGUGCCUCAAACGUAUUGCGAUAUGAAUGAAAUUGAGAUAGACGAGUAUCGUAAUGUAUCUGUUAGAUUUGCCAAUUUAUGUCGAAUCUGUGGCAAAUCCAUUCUGGAUGGAAUAGACAUCUUUACAGCCGAGGGCAUAGAGCUUAAAUUAAAAGAGAGAAUAAAUUUGCAUAUGCCUAUCACGAUUGACAUAGACGAUUCAUUGCCACAGAAAGUAUGUACCGAUUGCUGUAACAAAUUGGAAAUUGCACACUCACUAGUCGUUUCAUGUCUAAGAACUGAUAUGCGCUUGAAACAGAUUCUAAAUAUUGAGAGAGAGCCGGAAUACGAGAAUAAGUACAAUGCGUUGAUUAACGAAUGUUCAUUAGAGAUAGUUGAAGAAAUAUAUAUGGAUCUUGAUACGCAUCCUAAUUCAUUUACUAUAAAUAAGAUGAUGAACUCUGAUUCAGAAACAAGUUUGAGAGGAUUAGGAAAUGGAGAAUGUUCUGAAAUACAGAAUAAUAAUUUUCAGAGCAUUACGAAGAAUGUUGUACCAUUAGAACUCAGUACUUUAAUCCAGACUAGUAGUAGAGGAGUUAAUAGUGAAAGUAACGUAACUAUCACAGAAGAGAUUUCAAAAAUUCAACAAGAUAAGAUCCAGAAUGGAAGCCCUAGCGUUUUAUGUCGGCAAUGCCAAACUUUUUGUGAAACACAGAAAAUAUUUGAGAAUCAUAAAAUGUUUUGUGCUAAGGAACAAAAUGUCUCUAAACGUGCAGAUAUGUCUAGAACUGCAGAAAAUAAAAGGUCUGGCAGAGACAAGCAGAUUAAUUGCAAAGUAGAAAAUUUCCAGACGUGCAACAAAAGAUUCGAUGGCAAACAAAUUAUCAAUAAUGUUGAAAGCUGUGAAUCAUUACAUUGUGCUGUUUGCAACCAAACAUUCAAAUGUCAGCUGGAUUAUGAUAAUCAUAAAUAUCUUCAUGGAAAUCUUAUUGAAGUUAAUAAAAGAUGCGGUCAUUGUAAAAAAGAAUAUUGUAACAGAAAAGACUUGGUAAUUCAUAUCAUGGAAUCGCACGAAGGACGAUUAUCAUUUCAGUGCUCUUCAUGCGAUAAAACAUACGAGAAAUGGUCUAGUUUAGAUAUUCACGAAGCUACUCACAGAAUAGAUAAACCCUAUCUUUGCGAUCUGUGCGGAAAAAGCUUUAAGCAUUCCAAUAAUUUAAGAGGGCAUAAAAGAAUUCAUUUGGACGAAUCUAUAAAGAAAAGACACGUGUGUGAGAUCUGUGGCAAUGCAUUUAGAUCACGAUUUCAUUUGAGGGAACAUAUGAAUCAACACAAUGGCAACAGACCUUAUUCUUGUGAACAGUGCGGAAAAGCAUUUUAUAGGAGGAUUCAAUUGCGACAACACAAAUUAUUGCAUGGCUCUAAUAGGCACACAUGUCCGAUUUGCGAUGCAACAUUUAAUCGUAAAGGAAAUAUGAACACACACGUGAAACGGCAUAAUAACGAUAAUGGAGGAUACACAUGCAGCGUUUGCGCCUACAGAUGUAAAUCCAUGAGUGAAUUGAAGAUACAUAGGAAAAAGCAUACCGAGGAGGAAAUAGUGGACAGUAUUAAGAAGAAAUGUACCGACAAGGAAAUAUGGCGUUGUAACAUUUGUAGUAAGAUAUUCUCGAAACGCGCUAUUUUAUUAAAUCACGAGCGCGUACAUGGAAACGAUAAGUUUUAUGAAUGUGACGAAUGUGGCAAGAAAUUAGCAAGUAAAAGUUCGCUGAUGUAUCACAAGAAGUCGAUGCAUUUGAGAGAGAGGCCACACAUGUGUCACUAUUGCGGAGAUUCGUUUGUUUCGAAAGAGGCACGGCUAAUCCACGAAAGGAUACAUACCGGUGAACGUCCAUACGUUUGCAAGGUAUGCAACAUGCGGUAUAGAUGCUCCAGUAAUCUCAGCCAGCACAUGAGGAUCCACACGGGUCUGAAGCCACACAAGUGUCAUUUUUGCAACAAAGAUUUUACGCGCAAAGGCGCGCUAAUCGUGCACGAGAGAAUCCACACGGGUGUUAAGCCUUAUCCUUGUGAGACCUGUGGUAAAAGUUUCUCACAGAAAAAUGACAUGUUAAAGCACGCUAAACGCGCAACGGCAGAUCGAUGCAGUGCCAGUGCAGCCGGUGUAACGAGAUCUUUAAACGGGGAAAAAAAUAUGUUAAAGCAUACUGUGGUGCACGAGCAAGAUACCUUAGUAAUUUCGAAUAUCAAUUCAUCGCAUAUUCUUCAAGUUUAUGUCAAUACUAGCGCUUCUUCGGAAAUUAAAUAAUUUUCGUAGUAUCCAUGUGGUAAUUAUAUACGAUGAAUCGAACAUUAAAGUUUCGUACAAGAAGAGCAAAUUAAAAUCUAUCUUUGUGCAAUUAUUAUCGAAAAAAGUAUAUUAUGAAAAAAUUGUACUAGGAAAACGCUUUUCUAUAGACGCAAUACGUAUUUGCUAAAUUAUUCUUCAUUCUAAUUAUUCUUUCAUCUCAUAUAUUACAGUUUUCCGAUUAGUAAAAGUUUAUAUAUGCAAAAAAUUAUCGAACUUCUAUGACCGAAUACUUGUAAGGAUGGAGGCUUAAAGUUAUCAGCGAAAUGAUGAUAUAUAUAGAGACAUCUUAAGAAUAUAAAUACAAAUCAGAUCAGACUUGUUAUGCUGGUUAAAACAAUAUUUCUGACUAGUUAUAUGCUAUUCUUAUUGUAAUAUUCAUUGUUGAAAAUGAUGUGUCAGUAUCCAGCAGCGAAACGAAUCUAUGUGCUUGCAUGCGUCAGAAAGAGUCGAUUGUAGACGUAUCUUCGAUAUGAAAAUAUAAUAAAGUAUAAAGAAAUCGUUACCUUUUUUAA